CCUAUAUAUAUUUAAUAUGCAUUAAAUUGACGAAUACCUGACUAAAUUCGGUGGUGACAGUGCAAUUAAAUCAGUGCAGGAAAAAAAGGUUUUCCAAUGUGUGAUCUGGGACCCUAAAUUCAUCUUGCAACCUUCAAUGUUUUAUUUCAUAGAAGUGGACGACCGCCGGCCGUCACGCCUCAGUCUUAAAUUGAGACACUAAGGUACAGCAUGCCUCGGGUACUAGUCUUGUUUUCAGUGAUAACGUAUUCUCUUAGCAAUGUGUACUCAGCACGCAUCUUGGGUUUAUUUCCACAUCCGGGAAAAAGUCAUCAAAUGGUGUUUGAUCCGCUACUAAGAGAACUGGCGGAACGCGGUCACGAUGUCACCGUUGCUACUUUUUUCCCAAUAGAAAACCGAACGAGUAAUUAUAAAGAAGUAAAUCUUCAACAACUUGCCAAAUUAAGAUUGGAAUCUUUUCAUGCAGGAUCAUUCGAAUUUCCAAGUUGGUUUACUAAAAUACCAGUUAUUGGUAGUGUUAUCAACCAAUAUGAGCAACACACUAACUUGGUUCAGACAGCAGUAGAAAUUUGUGAAAAGUUGGUGAAAUUUCAAGCUUUAAACGAAAUUCUCAAACAACGAUAUGAUGUCGUGAUAACUGAGAUAUUUAAUAGCAAAUGUGUACUCGGUCUAUUAGAUGUGUAUGGAGUGAGUGCGCCAAUUAUUGCAAUGUCAUCAUGCCCGCUGCUGCCGGGAAGUGCGGGAAGAGUGGGAGCCGAUGAUAAUCCCUCGUAUGUUCCUGUAGAUACAUCAGAAUUAACUCAUAGAAUGUCCUUCUUACAAAGAUUAGAAAACAUGAUAGCGAACGUAUUAAUAAAACAAAUUUAUCAGGACGCAUACAGGAAGGAACAAGCAAUCAUUGAAGGAUAUUUCGCUAAAACAGUAACGGAUUUGAGCGUUCUUGCAAAUAACAUAUCGUUAAUAUUAGUAAAUACGUAUCACGUUCUUGAUGGGGUAUAUCCCAGUGUGCCGGGAAUGAUAGAGAUUGGCGGAAUUCAUGUCACGAAUCCGGCCACAAAGCAGAUGCCCAAAUACAUCGAAAAAUUCAUAAACGAAUCUGAACAUGGUGUUGUAUUGUUAAGUUUCGGCUCUCAAUUAAGUUCAACAUCAAUAUCUAAAUAUAGACAAAAUAUAUUUCUCAACUCGCUUUCGAAAUUGAAAGAAAGAGUUCUUUGGAAGCAUGCAGACAGUGCUGAUGAAGGAACUCCUGUUGGGAAGAAUAUUUUAAGGGUGAGAUGGCUACCCCAAAACGAAUUGUUGCAACACCCAAAAGUGAAAGCUAUAAUAGCUCAUGGCGGGAAACUUGGAACAACAGAAGCGGUAUCAGCUGGGAAACCAAUGGUCGUCAUUCCUGUGUUUGCGGACCAAAGCCUCAAUGCAGCUGCAAUCAAAGCCGCAGGAGUAGGCGAAGUUAUUCCCCUCCCAGAGCUCACAGAACAAGACUUAGAUACAGCCUUGCAAAAGGUGCUAGGUGAAAGAAUGCAAGAAAGAGCUCGCUUAGUGGCCAAGAUGUGGCACGACAGAGAAUCAUCUCCCCUGCAGACGGCAGUCUUUUGGACGGAGCGAGUAGCCCGUUGGGGACACCAGUCUCCGCUUUACUCCGAAGCCAAAAACCUCCCCUUCUACCAAUACGCAUUACUAGACGUUAUAGCAUUCCUCAUAUUAAUGAUUUCUGUAGUCAUAGGCAUCAUUGUAUAUGCUGUCUUAAGAUUCAAAGGUUAUGGAAAAUUGAAUAAAGAAAAAGCCCAUUAAUAUCGUGCUUGCAAAUAGAUUCUAAGAAUUCUCAUUUCUCUUUAUCUGUCUGCUGUUUGAGAUAAAGUUUAUUUCUGGACUAGAGGUAAGAGGCUAUAUAAGAUUAAAUAUAACUUUGCGCCGAGGUUUCACUCGCGAUGUUUUCACUUUUCACGUUUUCACCGAUACGAUAUACCUACAAAAAAGUAAAAACCAUUCCUGAUUUACAUAAAAUAACCAAGGUGCAGUCUGUUUAUAUUUCUAUAUUUUAUA